GUGUGAGUCAGUCGGUGUGAGAGAUCGAGCGUGAGUGUGAGUGACUUAAAAAGUGCUCCGAGCAGGCGGCCACGACCAUGUCCUAGAACUAGCCGAAAAAAGUUAGUGUGUUCGAAAAAAAGGAAAAGUUCUGAAAAAGCCGCACGAUGCCGGGGGUGGUGUCCAAGAUGUGGGACGACACGCUGCACAAGUACAACGUGCCGCGGGAGGCCGUCGGCCGCGGCGUGGCCGUAGUUGCGGUGGCCGCCUAUGCGGCCAAAGUGUCCUACCCGCACGUGAAGCGCUGGUUGCAGAAGGAUGAGGAGCCGGCGGAAAACAACAACCUGCCCGUGCCCAGCAAGCGCCGCAGCCACGGCGAAAUCAACAAACUGCACCGGGUCAACAAGGAGUUCCUUUUGCAGCUGGAAAAGCUUCUGCGUGUGAUGGUCCCUGGCUUAUGGUGCAAAGAGAGUGGACUUCUGAUCGUCCACACUUUGUCCCUCGCCGCCCGAACCUUCCUGUCCAUCUACGUAGCCUCCCUCGAGGGCCACAUAGUGAAACACAUCGUUCGAAAGGACGCGCAGAGCUUCAUGCUUAUGCUCCUCAGAUGGUUUGCCGUGGCCGUGCCUGCAACUUUCAUCAACAGUGCAAUCAGGUACCUCGAGUGCAAACUCGCACUCGCAUUCCGAUCUCGUCUCGUUGACCACGCUUAUGGACUUUAUUUCAAAGAUCAGACUUAUUACCGAGUUUCAAAUUUGGACGGCCGCGUAGAGAAUGCCGACCACUGCUUGACUGAUGACAUCAGUGCCUUCACAUCUUCAGUGGCUCAUCUUUACUCGCACAUCACAAAGCCGCUGUUUGACUGUGCCCUGGUCACAAUAGCUCUGGCCAGGUCCACGCACCAAAUGGGUGCCAACGUCGUCCAAGGUCCACUUUUGGCGUGCGCCGUUAUUACAGUGACCGGCCACAUUUUGAAGGCGGUCUCUCCUCACUUUGGCCAACUGGUGUCCGAGGAGGCCAACAGAAAAGGCUACCUGCGGUCCAUUCACUCCAGGGUGAUAACCAAUGCCGAGGAAAUCGCCUUCUACAAUGGCCACAAGGUCGAGUUGAAUCAUUUGCGGCGCGCGUACAGAUCGCUCGUCUAUCAAAUGAACAAGAUCUUCCGGCAGCGACUGUGGUAUGUGAUGCUCGAACAGUUCCUCAUGAAGUACGUCUGGAGCGGCACUGGCCUUGUCAUGGUCUCGCUGCCCAUCCUCACAAGUUCCCGCGAAGCCAUCGGUUCUGGCGCGAGCAGUGAGAGCGUGAGCCAUAGGACCCAGUACUUUACUACGGCCAAGAAUCUGCUCGUCUCUGGCGGCGACGCAGUUGAACGACUCAUGUCCUCCUACAAGGAAAUUGUUGAGCUGGCCGGAUACACAGCUCGAGUGGCUGAAAUGCUGCAAGUGUUCGAGGAAGUGAGCCGAGGCGAUUAUCAAAAGACGGUGGUUACAAACUCUAACAAAGGCGUCAACUCACAGAGCUGCUUGGUUGAGUACAACUCCCUUAACCAACCCCUUAUCAAAGGUCGUAUUUUGGAGAGCAAAGACGGCGCAAUCCGCCUCGAGGAGGUGCCCAUUGUGACCCCGAAUUGCGACAUAGUGGUUGGCAGCCUUUCAUUGAGCGUCGAACCUGGCACUCAUCUGCUCAUUACCGGUCCAAACGGAUGCGGAAAGUCCUCCCUGCUCCGCAUUCUGAGCGGUCUGUGGCCUAUUUACGCAGGUAAAUUGAUGCGCCCGGCCAACUGCUCGAUGUUCUACAUUCCUCAGCGGCCAUACAUGUCCCUGGGUAACCUGCGUGACCAGGUCAUCUACCCUGACACAGUCGAGGAAAUGACCAGGAAGGGUCUGACCGACAUUGACCUCGAGGCCAUCCUUGCAAUUGUGCGGUUGAGGCACAUUGUAACUCGCGAGGGUGGAUGGGACGUUGAUGCCGACUGGAAGGACGUGCUCUCUGGAGGUGAGAAGCAGAGAAUGGGAGUGGCCAGACUUUUCUACCACAGGCCCCAGUUUGCACUUCUGGAUGAAUGUACCAGUGCCGUCAGCCUGGACGUUGAAGGUGCCAUGUACCAAGCAGCCAAAGAUGCAGGAAUCACCCUGCUGACCAUCACCCACAGACCUUCUCUUUGGAAAUAUCACACUCACAUCCUCCAAUUCGACGGAGAGGGUGGCUGGAAGUUUGGACCUUUGGAAAAUCAUGAAUCGAGUCCCCUUCCGAUGCCAACAAAUGAAACACCCAGAAUUCUGCCUUAUAACAAAAAGGAUGUUAUUAAGAAAGCCGGCAGCAAAACUGUGCCUUCAGUGAACGGGGGAGUGACCGAGCUGGCCUCGUCUGCCUAAUUCACCCUUGUCUUAGAACCAUUCAAUUUUAAAGCCAAUUAUUCAGCAUGUCUCUCUGUGAUCUACGGGGGUCUCAAUCGAAGAACCAAGUCUUGUAGUACCUAUAUCUAUAUAUUUUAUACACGAAUCGCCUUUGGCAGAGAAGUGCAAUGAGGAGAAAGAAACCAAACAUAUGGGGAUUUCAGCAAAACCAUGUUACAUGUGACAAUGCAGUAUACUUUUUUGUAAACUAGGUUAGUCACUUAAAGUGUGCAAUAUUUUCAGUGCAUGCAUGUGCCUAAUAAAAGUAAAUCAGACAAACUUUUGUAUUUUUUGUAUUUAUGAACUGGGCAGGAACAGCUCUUUGGGAAUGUGUGUUACCCCAUGGAGCAGUUUUCAAUAAAAAUUCGAUAAUGAAAUAAAAAGUUUGUAAUUAAAAUUU